CCUGUUAUGCAACAACUGACCUACUAACAUACAUUUAGAGACUCUGGGCGAGAAGGAGAGAGCGAGAGGAGGAAAUAGAGAGAAAAAUAGAGGAGGGGAGGGUGGAAUUGAAGCGAACAUGACACAAGGAGCGCACCAAAACAAGGCACUGUGUUCACGCUCUCUCUUCUACCUGCGCCUAACCGAGGAGCUGGUGUUUUAGAUGAGCGACCACCGAUGGGAAAAGCGGAUUGUUGGAAAACAAAAUUGUGCGUGGACUCUUUUGGAUUCUCCUGUAGUAAAUAAAAAGGCCUUUCAUCUUACAGUAAACUGCAGAGUGAAGAGACAGACGGAGAGAGAGAAAGAGGCUCCCCAAGAGACUGACAUGCUGAGGUAGACAGGCCGACCUACAUCUUGCUGUUUGCGUGGAGAUCUAGGACACGUCUUCGCCAGCUUAGCACACUGUGCUGUUCUCAUGCUUAACCUUUGACAACCAGGAAAAGCCAGAGAAGAAAAAACAAGGAAAUUGGAGGAUUGAUCUGAUCCACUGGACUCUGAAACAAGAAUUGUGAAAGUGGAUAAAUGAGGGUUGCCAAUGCUGAGCUUCAACUGUUUUUUGUCUUAUUGGCUUACUUGGACACAUGAGUCCCAUCCUUGUAUAACUACACCAAACCUACAAUAAAAAAAACCCCACAAACUGUGGAAGGCAAGACGUUUUCAUCACAACCCCAGCAUUUCAAACUGGCUACCAUCAUACAAGAAUGGAAAAUCUGACAUCAGCUCUCAAAACAUUAAACAAAAACUCAGAGAAUAACCUGAACUGCCUUGAGACCUACAACAACUAUGAAGAGACUUCUCUUCAGGGGACGCCGUCUCGCUUGGGGCGUCUCAUCAAACCCAAGCCCAACGUCAGCUGCAGGCGGAAGCGCGAGUUCAUAUCUGAUGAGAAAAAGGAUGCCUCAUACUGGGAGAAACGGCGCAAGAACAACGAGGCUGCCAAGCGCUCUCGGGAGAAGCGACGUCUCAAUGAUAUGGUUCUGGAAAACCGCGUCAUUGCACUGAACGAUGAGAAUGUGAGGCUUAAGACAGAGCUGCUUCAGCUGAAGCUGCGCUUCGGCCUCAUAAGCACAGCCUCCUACAUCGAAAAGAGUCAACAAAUUAGCGUGAGCAACAAUGCGGGAAAUGGAGGCUCCUCGUCCUCCUCUUCUAGUCAGUACUACUCCAGUGGUUAUUCCAGUGGUUCUCAGGUGAUGAUGAACUCUGAUUCCUCUGAAACAGAGCAGUCCGGACGAAGUGAGAGUCACAGGCAGCUGGUGAAGUACUCCCCACGUGGCUCACUCUCAGACAUGUCCGAUGGCUCAUCGCGGGACAGCCCAGAGCCUAUCCCUUUUGAAAUCAAACAGGAAGGGGACAGGCUAGAGAUGGACAUUGCCAAUGGCACCACCACCCAGAUUAUGUUUAACAUCCACCGUGGGCUGGCUUCUGUACCCACUCACCACCAGAUCCAGCAGCAUCAAGAGAUGGAUGCUGGAUAUCACAGCCAGCAGCAGCAGCACCAUCUAAUUCAGCAGCAACCACAACCCCAUCAGGAGCCUGUUACUCCUAUCAAAGCUGCCCCUCACCCACCUGCUGCCCAGAGGAGCGUCAUUCUGUACGGCGCCAGCAGUGCCUCCUACCCCGUAGACACCUUGGCCAGGCCCCAGGAGGUCGAUCUGCACUCAGCCCCAAAGCAAAGCAGCAGCAACAACCAGAUCUGUGUCAGCCAGCUGCCACAGUCCAUCACAGAGAGCUCCACAGAGACGCUGGCUGAGGUGACGAAGCAGCUGGAGAGGAAGACAUUAGACUCCCCUCCAUACGAGCUGGCGGACAGCUGUAAUGAGGCCAAAGAGAGACAGGUGUACAGAAUGUGCCAACUUCCCCAGCAGGAAGGCGAUUUGUCUGCAGAACUCCUUGAUGAACAAGCAGAGGAGGUCAACCACUCUCACCUGUACCACCAUCUACAGCAGUCUCACCAGUCAUACCUCGGCACUCAAGAAGAGGAGCCACCUCUGCUUAGUUACGAGGGCGAGCACAGAAACGAGGUGUGCUAUCAAGGCCAAUUGGCCUCUUCUAACAAAGACACCACACUGAGCGAAGGAGAUCCCGGCAGCCCUGAUAAAGAGGCUUCCACGGAUGACGACGAGUCCCCUUCUUUGGGCUUCCAAAACCAACAUCUUUCAGCCAUCCUGCAGCCACCUUCGCCUCUCAACCAGUACCAUGGUUGUUCCCAAGUCCAAGGAUGGGAUCCUCAGGGGGAGGUGCGGGGAACAGCACUGCCACACAAACUCAGACUCAAACACCGGGCCAUGAGCACCGGCAGCUGCACUGGUGGCAACUGCUCUGGCCAGGAGUCACCAACCACUCCUCCCUCUGCAACGCCACCUCCCCUCCCCCAGCAUCCCUACUUGUCCCUCUCGCCACCACAGAACAUUAAUCGAGAGGCUCGGGACGGGAAGAAAAAGGAGAAUGGUGGACGGCGAAACAAGAGGCGAGAUUAAAUGACAAUUACUUCUGAGCACCUCUAAGAACUACCCUACCAUCAUGCCUUUGCCCUACAAUCAAAUCACCUCCUUAAGCCCUUGGGACAGGAAACUGGGCUUUUUCUAUACCACCCCCCCCCCCCCCCCCCCCCCCCCCCCAGUGUCACCUAACGGCUGGACAUUUUGUAGGGCUGUAUCAUAUUUGUGUAUAAUGUACAGAUUUGUCAUUUCUUACAUCCUCUCCAUACUUAGAGAAGCACUUUUGUUUAUGUGAUGAGAGGAGGAAUGGAACCAGUUUUUCUACUUGUCAUUCAACAAUAUCCAGCAGCGUACAACAGAGAAAGCACAUUUUAAUAACUCACAAAGGAAUGUAGAAGCAAACAAAAAGAAUCAAGCUUUAUCUAUAGAAUAAAUUUGGUACAUAUCCAGCUGUAGAUAAACAUACACAUGUAUGGCUCUCUGCCUUAACUGAAAUCAAAUGCUAACAUACUCUGGGGAUAUCCCCUUGACCAAAGAAACACCUACAACACUACAGAUAUCAAGUUCCAUACCUCUUCCCAGACCCUACCUCUACCAACCCCAACUCUCUCCAACCAUCUCCUUUAUCUCACAAAAGAUUGCCAUCAUCUUUAUUUUUUAAACAUAUGGUUUGUAUAUAACUGUGAUAUAUGCAUAUAUGUAUCUAUUAUAAACUUCUAUUUUAGAAAGAAAUUUGAAUACAAAUUCAACAAAAAAUGCGAUAAACUUGCAAUGGUAUUAGAGAUUUCUGAAAGCGACCACCUUAUGACAAAUCACGAUUACUGUACAGCCAAGUUGUCUACCGUUGCAGGACCCCAUUCAAGUGAAUCAUCUCUAUCUUGAUUGUUAAGCUUCGGCAUUAAUCAUUAGUUAAUGCCCUGUUUACACAGAAGUGGCCGUCCAGUUUGGAGCGCCAGCAGCACUGAAUGGAGAACGAGUUGUUCCCUGAGGCAGUGGCCUCAUUAAAAUGUCUUGAUUUUUAAACCUUUAAACCAGCCUUUAAAUAUUUGGUGGAAUUCACCAGCUGCAGGCUAUAAGCCUUUAGUUUAUUUGAGCUUUAUCAACCCUAUCUUCUUGUUGUCACCAUUCACUGGCCCCAUGUAUUUAUUUCCCCUCCCUUCAACAUGCCCGUCACUGUAAAAAAAAAAAAAAAAAAAAAAAAAGGAAGAAAUGAAGCCCACAGGAACAUAGACAGAGUGUGUACAGAUCUUUUUAGAUACAUGUAGCAGCCCAGGGUUUGAACUGUAAUGUUGGUAUGGGAUGCCUGGGAACAAAAGGCAGGAGGAAUUUAGUCACAUUUAUGUAAACACACUACAGUGCACUGAAAACAGGAGCUCCUCGUGUGUGAAGACCUAACUAAGGAGCCCUGCAUAGCUACUGUUUUUGGUUUUGUAGUGUGACCAAACACACCAUAUAUUUGAGGAUAUGGAUGGUAAAGGUUCAUGCUAAUACAAACAUUUUGUCAGCCCUUCAACGGGUGUUUCAUUAAAGCCUCAUUUAUGGUCUACACUACAUACGGACAGAGACUUUUUUCCUGUCUUCUGCAUCCUUUAUGUGCCUAUUUCAGUCUAUUUUUAGAGAGCUUGCUGAUUUGUAGCCAGACGUAGCAAACAGAGCAAAAUCCCUGGAGUCUGCAGGGGCAGUGUUGAGCAGUAGAGCUCACCUGCGACCAGUGAAGGGAACAAAAAAGAAGCCGUUUUAUUUAAUAACUACACACACCACCACUGUCUAGCGUGCUGCCUUUUUUAUGUCUUUUUCUGAGAAUGUACAUCAUGAUUUCCUCCAUCGUCGCCAUGUUUGCAAUUGUCGGAAACUGACAUCGAACUCAGAAGUUAACUCUGAACUCCACACUGCCCUCUAGUGGAUGAAUUGACUAACAGCCAUGCAAACGUAAAGGACACAUGGGAGUACGUGGGCGAUGAUGUUUGACAACAUUUAACACAGACAUACAUAUUUACAUGAGUGAAGGGAGCCUAACCGUCACCAUGUUUGCUAUUGUCUGAAAUUGAUAUUGAAAACGUAAAGGACAUUUAAUUUUAUGUAAAUGGAGCAUAAAUGAGGCUUUAAGAGUGUGUUUCAAGGCUUGUUCAGCCCUUUUCAUCCCCCUCUCAUUAGUAGUUCUACUGGGUUGUGAUGAAUUGCCUUCACUGGAUUCUAGUUUUUAUGUCUAUGUACCAUGUUUGGCUUUUUGGUGCUUGUGUAUAAAUGUAAAGUUUCACAAACACUGUAACGUUUGUUUCAUUGCUUUUAUAUCCUCUUUUUAGUCAAGGUGAUGUCCUGUUUUCUUUCCUUCUACUGACUGUGACAUGACAAUGUGUAUUUGCCUCAUUCCUCCUCCCCACUUUUUCAGUGUGUAUUAAUCAGUAAUGUUUGUGGUUUUUUGCUGAUGGUUUUAAAAAAAUUAAACAUAAAAAAUAAACAGGCAAAGAUAGUGUGGUGUUUAGAGACAGGUGGUGGUUGGUCUGGCUGCUCAUUACCAUCUCUUUCUUCUGACAAGAAUAUGUAUGUAAAAACACUAAUGUUCAUUGUGGAAAAUGGGAGCAUUUCAAGAAAAGAAUAAAAAAAACAAGGUUGAUCUGUUAACAUAUCAAGAAAA